UCUCACUCACUCUCUGCCAUGAACUACUUCACCGCUUUCAGUCCCUCCGACCUGCCGUAUGAAGUUCCCCGGCUGCUCGUCUGAAAGGAGACAUUUAAAUAGACAAGAUAAAAAAAAAAAGAUUUAAAAGAAAAUCAGAGGAUUGGUACCCCGGGCUGUAGGGCUGCACUACGGCGAGCUCAGACACAGCGGAGCAUCGACAGCAAGGCAGGCAGUUAGUGCAGAAGCAGGCACCAUGUCCACCCCCACAAACCCAGAGGUGAAGGAACUGAACCCUGUCGACUUUAUCCAGCUUCAGCAGUAUAUCGAAUACUGCAGCCUGAAGGUGAAAGACGUGCUGAGGGAAUUUGAUAAAGAUGGCAGGCUGGCCCAGCACAGGCAUGGAGAGUGUAUCGAUGAGGAAGGCUUUCGGCAGUUCCUAAAGACCUACCUAGAAGUGGACUUCCCCUCAGAUCUCUGCCAGCGACUUUUCCGCUCCUUCCAAAACUCUGAAUCCACCAAGGAAGACGGCACAAAGGAAGUCUACCUCAAGGAUGUUUCAUGUUACUUCUCUCUGCUGGAAGAUGGCCAACCCAGGGACAAACUGGAGUUUGCUUUCAGGCUUUAUGACAGAGAUGGCAAUGGAGUCCUUGACAGCUCUGAAGUAGAUCGAAUUAUAGCUCAAAUGAUGCAUGCUGCCGAAUAUCUCGACUGGGACGUGUCCGAACUCGAACCGGUACUGAAGGACAUGAUGACAGCGAUUGAUGCCGACUGCAGCGGCACAGUGUCUCUGGAUGAGUGGGUAGAGGGAGGCAUGAACAACGUCCCUUUGCUCGUAUUGCUGGGUCUAAAGAUGACCCAAAAAGACGGGCAGCACCUUUGGAGGAUGAAAAAUUUCAACAAGCCUGUUUACUGCAACGUGUGUCAAAGCAUGCUGCUGGGUUUGAGGAAACAGGGGCUGUGCUGCACCUGCUGUAAAUACACAGUUCAUGGGCGGUGUGCUAACAAGAACCCAGCUCCCUGUGCCAGGACGUACGUAAAGUCAAAGAAAGAAACAGGGGUUCCAGUGCAUGACUGGGUGAGUGGGAACUGUGAUUCAAGAAAGUGUGAUAGAUGCCAAAAGAAGAUCAAGAGCCUCCAAGGUUUAACAGGGAAACACUGUGUGUGGUGCCACACGAUGCGUCAUGAUGAAUGUGCAGCCCUGGAGCCAACAGAGUGUACCUGUGGGACGCUCAGAGACCACAUCCUGCCUCCAUGGGCCAUAUAUCCUGUAAUAAAGGAAAGACCAAACAAUGUAAAAAAUGGCUGCUCAGGGUCUACAGAUGACGACCUCAAUAUUACUCCUGACGGACAAGUGCUACAGAUCAGCCCUGUGCCAAACACUCAUCCUCUUCUGGUGUUUGUUAAUCCUAAAAGUGGUGGCAAGCAGGGAGAAAGAGUCUUGCGUAAAUUUCAGUAUUUGCUGAAUCCAAGGCAGGUGUACAACCUUUCCAGUGGCGGCCCUGGAGCGGGGCUGAGUUUCUUCCGAGACCUGCAGGACUACAGAAUUUUGGUGUGUGGUGGAGAUGGAACAGUUGGGUGGAUUCUGGACGCAAUAGAUAAAGCCAAUCUGCCAGCUCAACCUCCUGUUGCAGUGCUUCCUCUGGGCACAGGAAAUGACCUUGCAAGAUGUCUGCGUUGGGGUGGAGGAUAUGACGGUGAAGAUCUGGCUCGUAUUCUGAGAGACAUCGAGAACAGCUCUCCGAUGCCGAUGGACCGCUGGAACGUGCAGGUUAUACCGGAUGAGAUCCAGGAGAAGGGUGAUCCAGUGCCCUAUGAGAUCAUCAACAAUUACUUCUCCAUUGGAGUUGACGCCUCUAUUGCACACAGGUUUCAUACAAUGAGGGAGAAACAUCCUCAGAAAUUUAACAGCAGAAUGAAGAACAAGCUGUGGUAUUUUGAAUUCGCCACUUCAGAAACCAUCUCUGCUUCCUGCAAGAAACUCAGUGAAAGUUUGACAAUAGAGUGCUGUGGCACUCCUCUAGACCUCAGCGCUCUUUCUCUGGAGGGGAUUGCUAUCCUAAACAUUCCCAGCAUGCACGGUGGGUCCAACCUAUGGGGGGAGACCAAAAAGGCAGAUACUAAGGGCCAGGCGAGUCAGGAAGAGCCUGACGUAAUUAUCAACCCGGAGAUCCUGAAAGUUACUUCUCAAGACAUCAGUGACCGCCGACUGGAGGUGGUUGGCCUGGAAGGAGCAAUGGAAAUGGGACAGAUAUACACCGGACUCAAAAGUGCUGUGAGGCUCGCUAAAACUUCACAGAUCACCAUCCGGACAAAGAAACCAUUGCCAAUGCAAAUCGAUGGAGAGCCAUGGAUGCAAUCUCCCUGCACGAUUCAUAUCACACACAAGAAUCAAGCAAGCAUGUUGAUGGGUCCUCAAGCCAAACCAUCAGGUUUCUUCAAAUAAAACUGACUCUCUUAAUGCAUGUUUACUCUAUAAUCAGGACUGACACUUUUUGAUAUAGAAUCAGUGUAUGAUCUAGUAUAUUUGCAUUAUCAGAAAGAAAAAGUGAUUUAACAC